AUGGACCCCGACGCCAAGGGCUCUCGUACUGAUCAAGAUGACACACCAUUUGAAGAUGACACACCAGUCACCAGUGAGGAUCAGGAUGAAACAGAAACCGGUGACUGCAACACUUGCAUUUUUGGUAUGGUUGCUCUUGCUAUCUGUGCUGCAGUGAUUUCAGUGAUUGUGGUUGUGGGUGUGGCCGCCACCGGCGAUACCGUAUAUGUUGAGGUCUUUGGAACUACCUUUGAUGUAGCCACAACUACUGAAAUCAGUGUUACCGAUCAAAAUUCUUUGCGUGACUCCAGAGGAACGAUUCCAACGGAGAUUGGUUUAUUCACCUCAUUGACUACGUUGGCGUUGCAUAACGCAAAAUUGUUGUUCCAGUUGAGCGGAUCCAUUCCUUCGGAAAUUGGAUUAUUGACCUCAUUGACUUGGUUGUGGUUGCAAAACGACCAGUUGACCGGUACCAUUCCUUCGGAAAUUGGAUUGUUGACCACAUUGACCAGGUUGACUUUGAUUAACAGCACAUUGAGUGAAAGUAUCCCUUCUGAGAUUGGAUACUUGACUGCGAUGAAUCAGUUGUGGUUGUUUGGUAACCAGUUGAAUGGUCGCAUUCCUUCCCAGAUUGGAUUAUUGACUUCAAUUACUUCCUUGUCGGUGUACAACAACCAGUUGAGCGGAAACGUUCCAACGGAGAUUGGAUUGAUCAGCAAAUUGAAUAGGUUAUGGUUGUAUGACAACCAGUUGAGUGGCAGUGUGCCCAGCAGUCUUUGUUCCAACCUACCACAUUUGUUUGACGCAAAAGUCGACUGUGCUGAAGAUCCCUUUCCUGUGGAAUGCACAUGCAUCGGAUGUAAAUGUGCCUAG